GAAGCGAUCGGCACGUCUCAAGAUGGCGGUAUAUGUGCUGUGCUGCUUGCGGCGAAUGCGAGUUCAGCGGCUGCUUUUCUGGGAAACAUCUAGGAAAAUUCUUCUUCGAGGUUUGGCUUCUGGUCGUCCGGCCUUUGGUUCUGAAUUUAGAAGUGAAUACAGUUUGGACAAACUCUAUCCGCCGCAGGAAAAGGAAGCGGACAUCGCAAAGGAUUCAGCAAGCCAGACAAUUCCAGAGAUUCCUGUGGGUCGUUUGUCUAUAUCCUAUUCCCGGAGUAGUGGCCCAGGAGGCCAGAAUGUUAAUAAAGUGAAUUCGAAAGCAGAAGUCCGAUUCCAUUUGGCAUCAGCAGACUGGAUCUCAGAAGAAGUGAGACAAAAAAUGGCAGUGCUGCAAAAACAUAAGAUCAAUAAAUUGGGAGAGCUAAUAAUCACCUCUGAAGUGAGUCGCUAUCAGAUGAGGAAUUUGGCAGUCUGCUUACAAAAGAUCAGGGACAUGAUUGCAGAAUCCACUGAGAGACCUCAGAUUGUAUCUGAAGAGACUACUGAGAUGAUCAGAGAAAGGGUGGAAAAGAAGAACCGAGAACGCCUCCGACAAAAAAAAUUACGAUCUUCUCUGAAGCAAAGCAGACAUAUGGACUUUGACUGAACAUCUUGGGGACAGAAAUAAUGCAAGGACAUAUUUCUUGGACUCUUCUCUUUCUUAGAUUUGGAAAAGAGAAACUUCUUAUGUUCAUUAUAUUAAAAUAAAAAAGCUAUUUCAUAAAAAUCUGUCCUUGAAAUAGGAAUGGGUGUUUAAUUAAAUCAGUAAUACUACUAAUGGAGGCUGAAGAUGUAGCCUUUACUAACCAAGUCAUAAUAAUAACCUUUCAUAUGACCAGGCCUCAUAAACAUUUUUUCCAUUUAUAUAUUCAUUUUACAUAACAAUUUUAGCAUAUGAUGUAUGUUUUCUUGGAUCCUGUGCGUACUCUUCCUCUCAUUCUGAUCCAUUCAUCAUUUCAGGCUACAAGUAUGUUUAAGCAUGAAAUUUGACUCAGAAUACUGUAUCUGAAUAAUUUCUGUAUUAAAAUAUACUUAUGUUGUUGAA